CAGCGCAGCUUGCGCGAGGCUCCGAGGAAAGGGCCGAACGCUGGGAACAAUUAAAGAGAUUCAAUUGAAUUCAACAAUUUAGGAGAUUACAACUAACUACCAGUAAACCUAAAUCCAGUGUAAUGACAUAACCAUGGCAGCCGAACAUUGUUCGCAACUUGAAGCCGAAUUGUAUUACCUGAUUGCCAGAUUUCUUCAGUCGGGACCGUGCAAAAAAUCUGCAAGGAUCCUGGUGGAGGAACUGGAAGAGUAUGAGUUGAUCCCGAAACGGUGGAGUUGGGAUGGGAAACAAUAUAAGCGAAACUUCGAUGACUGGGUGGCACUGAACCAGCAUAUCCCUGCAGAUUACCUGCUGCGCGUGUGUAAACAGGUGGGACCACUGAUUGACCAGCAUGUUCCACCAAGUGUUCCUGGGGUCUGUACCUUACUGGGCACUGGAAAACAGUCUCUUCUCCGCACGGCAAAGGGUUGUAACACAGUAUGGAGCAGUUCCACAGUGGCAGCGCUACACAGGGGACGCCCACCAGAACCUCCAGUCAGUGUGGAGGUGCCACCCAACUUCGCAUCUAUCAUGGGUGCUCGACAGACUGCAGGCGUCGCUCGUUUUGGGCACGCCCUCCCUUCCUCCACUUAUCAGCACAUGAAGAUGCACAGGCGAAUCCUGGGGCACCUCUCCUCGGUUUACUGUGUGGCGUUUGAUCGCACGGGACGACGCAUCUUCACAGGUUCCGACGACUGCCUAGUGAAGAUAUGGGGGACAGACGACGGCCGUCUCCUAGCAACUCUCCGUGGCCAUGCGGCAGAAAUUUCGGACAUGACUGUCAACUAUGAGAACACGCUCAUCGCCUCGGCCAGCUGCGACAAAGUGAUCCGCGUGUGGUGCCUGAGGACGUGCGCACCCAUCACUGUCCUCCAGGGCCAUGCCGCCUCCAUCACAUCCAUACAGUUCUCUCCAGGUACCACAGGCUCUGCUCGGGUGCUGGCCUCCACAGGGGCAGACGGCAUGGUGUGCUUCUGGCAGUGGAACGCCCUCACCAUGAAGUUCAAUGACCGUCCAGUGAAGUUUGUUGAGCGUUCACGCCCAGGUGUUCAGAUCUCCUGCUGUUCCUUCAGUUGUGGUGGGAUGUUCCUGACUACAGGAAGCACAGACCAUGUGAUCAGAGUAUACUACUUGGGCGCGGAAACACCCAUGAAGCUUUCGGAGCUGGACGCUCACAUGGAUAAAGUGUUGGCCGUGCAGUUCUGCAACAACAGUGAUGGUCUUAGGUUUGUGAGUGGCAGUCGUGAUGGCACGGCGCGGAUCUGGCACUUCCAGCAGCAGGAGUGGAAGAGCGUCUGUCUGGACAUGAGCGCCCGUCUGCCUGGAAGUGCCAUGGUGUCAGGAGAGGACAAGUCCACCAAACUGGUCGUUACGAUGGUUGCGUGGGACCGCAGUGACCGCAUGGUCAUCACUGCUGUUUCUAACUGUCUGCUGAAAGUGUGGAGCUCUACCAGUGGCCAACUGCUUCAUGUGUUAUCAGGUCAUGAUGACGAAGUUUUUGUGCUGGAAGCCCACCCGUUUGAUUGGAGGAUCAUGCUCUCUGCCGGGCAUGAUGGGAACAUUUACGUCUGGGACCUCAGCAGGGGAACUAAGAUCCGAAACUUCUUUAACAUGAUUGAGGGACAAGGCCACGGUGCCGUCUUUGACUGCAAGUUCUCGGCUGAUGGUCAACACUUUGCCUGCACAGACUCUCACGGCCACCUUCUCAUAUUUGGUUUUGGAUGCAGUAGGCUUUACGAGAAGAUUCCUGACCAGAUGUUUUAUCACACGGAUUUCCGCCCACUUAUUCGGGACGCCAAUAACUACGUGUUGGACGAGCAGACCCAGCAGGCCCCCCACCUCAUGCCCCCACCCUUCCUAGUGGAUGUGGACGGAAACCCUCACCCGCCCAUCUUCCAGCGACUGGUCCCGGGCAGAGAGAACUGCAAAGACGAGCAGCUUGUCCCCCAGCUGGGCUACUUGGCCAAUGGUGACGGGGAGGUGGUUGAGCAGGUGAUUGGCCAGCAGACAUCGGAGGAGGAGGAGCAGGAGGAGAGCCCGCUGGACGACCUCAUCAGACAGCUGCAGCAGCAGCAGGACCAGAGAAUCGACCCAGCAGAUCAGCAAGCAGGUGCUGAGGGUGAAGGGGCUCUCCUUUCUCCGCCCAACGUGGGCCUCCGGCGGAGUGGCCAGGUGGAAGGGGUGCGGCAGAUGCACCACAAUGCCCCCCGCAGCCAGAUGGCCACCGAGCGAGACCUGCUGGCCUGGAGCCGGAGGGUGGUGGUCAAUGAGGUCCCAGCCAGCAUGUUGAGAGUUAUGGAGGAGAGUCGGCAGGCCAAAGGAGAGUCCGAGCGCUCGUUAUACAACACGGAGAAGAGGAGGAAACCUGUGCAAAGUGCCACACGAGCUGAGCCGGAGUUCAUGUCGUUGCGCUCCAUGCGGCGAACGCAGCGCAAGAAGCAGCAGCAGCAGCAGCGCCACUCCUACCACACCCGCUCGGCCCGCGAGCGCCGCGCUCUACGCCGCACCGCCAGCCUCAGGUCGCCGCACGGCUCCGACUCGGACAGCGAAGCAGAGCAGCAGGAGGAGGAGCAGGCAGAUGCCAGUGACGCCUCAUCAGACGGAGAGGCUCAAUGGCAGAGUGACAGCAGCUCCAGUGACUCGUCAAGCGAGUACUCAGAUUGGACUGCCGAUGCAGGGAUCAACCUUCAGCCUCCGAAGCGGUCCACCAGGCGUCCUGUCAGAGCCCCGGCCAGCAGCAGCUCUGAGAACGAGGGAGAGGCCCAGGGUGAGGGAGAAGAGGAGGAGGAGAAGAGGAAAAAGAAAGAGGCAGAAAAGAAGAAGAAACCAAAAGAACCUAAAAAGCCCGGGUCGGGCAGUGCAUCUGCUGAGUGGACCCCUCCAUCGUGGAUCACAGACACCACAGCCCGCCGACUGCCCUUCGUGCCUCAGAUGGGGGAUGAGCUCAUCUACUUCCGUCAAGGUCACGAAGCGUACGUACGUGCAGUGCGUAGGGCCAAAGCCUACAAUAUAAAUCGUCUGAAACAGCCCUGGAAUAAACUGGAUCUCAGGGAUCAAGAGUCGGUGAAGGUGAUUGGCAUAAAGUAUGAGGUGGGCCCGCCCACCCUCUGCUGCCUCAAACUGGCCUUCCUAGACCCGCUCUCAGGGAAGAUGACUAAUGAGUCCUUCAGUUUAAAGUAUCAUGACAUGCCUGAUGUCAUCGACUUUUUGGUGCUGCAGCAGUUUUACAACGAGGCAAAAGAACGCAACUGGCAACCUGAUUCGAGAUUCAGGAGCAUAAUCGAUGACGCAUGGUGGUUUGGAUCAGUAGAAAGCCAGCAGCCGCUCGAACCAGAAUAUCCAGAUAGCCUGUUCCAGUGUUACGAUAUUAGGUGGGACAAUGGAGAGACAGAGAAAAUGAGUCCAUGGGAUCUGGAGCCGAUACCUGAAGAAGCGGAGCUCCCAGAAGAGUUUGGAGAUUGUGUCCAGGUGUCGGAGGCUGAGUUCCAGUCGCUCCUGUACAAACCCCAGGAGGGAGAGUGGGGGGCGCAGACGCGGGAUGAGGAUUGCGAGCGAGUGAUCCAGGCCAUCGAUCAGCUGCUCUCUCUGGAUGUGGCGAAGGAGUUUAAGAGUCCUGUGGAUCUGAGGGAUUAUCCCCUCUACUGCUCUGUGGUGGCCUACCCCACUGACCUCAGCACUGUCCGACAGCGCCUUAGGAACCGCUUCUACAGGAGAAUUUCUGCUCUCAUGUGGGAGGUACGUUACAUCGAGCACAACGCCCGCAUCUUCAACGAGCCACAGAGUCCCAUCGUCUCUGCCGCCAAGAUUGUUACUGAUGUACUGCUGCGCUUCAUCAGCGAUCAGAGCUGUGUGGACAUAGUGGACCUUUACCACAGGAUGAAGAUGGAGCUGAGCAGUGUUGAAGAGGAGAAUGAUGUUGACUCCGACACCCCAGGGACAUCCACUGGUCAACAACAGAGCGGGUCUGGGGCUCAGAAGCGAGGGGUCGUGUUGGACAUCAGUGCGUGGAGGAACCAGUGUAAGGAUCUCCUGCGCAGGAUGAUUGACAGCCCCGACUCCGAGCCGUUCCGACAGCCCGUUGACCUCUUUGAGUAUCCAGAUUAUCGAGAUAUCAUUGACACUCCAAUGGAUUUGGGAACUGUGUCAGAGACACUAGCUGUAGGGAAUUACGAAAAUCCCUCAGAGUUUGCCAAAGACAUCCGUCUGAUUUUCAGUAAUUCCAAGGCAUACACUCCAAACAAAAAGUCGAGGAUUUUCAGUAUGACUCUGAGUCUGUCCGCAUUCUUCGAGAGGCAGAUCAUCGCCAUAAUCUCAGAUUAUAAAUCUGCUGUACAAAACCAACGGAGAAAUCGGCAGAGAAUGAACUACAGCAAGCGGUUACAGGACUCGCCACCAGUCAGCCCUAAAGGGAAAAACAAGUCUUCAGGGAAGAAACCAAAAACCCAGCAGAGAUCCAGGAGCCGCACACGCAGAGUUUCACAAGCCUCAGAAUCCAAUGACAUUUCUGUGGAUGAAGACGGCCAGCCCUCGAGUUCAUCUUCCUCGUCGUCGUCCUCUUCCUCCUCAUCCUCCUCCUCAGGGCAACCAGGGGCCAACAGAUUAAUGCGCAGCCGAGGGCUACCUGCCAAAAACUCUGAACUUUGUAAUGGGCCAACUGUCAACGGCAGCCGGCAGUCGCACAGGAGAGGCACUUUGCGCACGAAACAAAUGCCUGUAUCUGGCAGUUCAUCUUCAUCCUCCUCCUCAUCAUCGUCCUCCUCUUCCUCAUCCUCAUCCUCUUCUUCCUCGUCCGAGAGCGAAGAGAGCGACGUGGAGGUGGGGCAGUUUCCUGAUGGUGGCGACCACGAUUACAGUAAAGCGCCACGCCUUUCCCACAGAGACAAGGGCAAGGUAGCCGUCGUGGCGAAGAGAAAACUGACGGGCCACGAAACGAUAGCACAGGCGAAAAGACUGCGGCUGGAUGAGGAGGUUGAGCAGCCAGUGGAGGAGGAGGAAGAGGAGGAGGAGGAGGAGGAGGAAGAAAAGGAGGUUGAGGAGGACUCUGAAGAGGAGCUAGAAGAGGAAGAAGAGGAGCAAGAGGAUGAUGAAGUCGAGAGGGACGAGGAGGAGGAAGAGGAAGAGGAGGAGGAGGAGCAGCAGAGUGGAGCAGCCUUGCCACGGACGGCUGCUGGCCAGAGGUCAAGCCAGCGAACAGGGAAGUCGGCCCGGGUCAACACGCGCAACCAGGGCCGACGGACUGUCCUGUACAACGACGAGUCCGAGGAGGAGGGGAACGCAGCGGACCCGCUCAACCUGGGCAGGUCGCGGUCGGGUCGGGUGCGACGCAUGACUGAGAAAGCCCGGGUCAGCCACCUCAUGGGCUGGUCACACUGACCCAACCCACCCACCCAGCCCUCCUCUCAGACUCACUAAUACCAAUACUGCAGGGAUUUUGACUUUUAUCAUUUUUUAUUAUGUUUUAAAAGAUUUUGUAUAGUUUAUUUUUUUAUUGUAAUUUUUUUUUUCUUUUUUAAUUAUUUUGAUUUGUCUAGGAGUCUAUGUUUACGGACAGUGGUGCUCUUUGUAUCUCCAUCUUUCAGUUUCUCCCCUCCCUUUCUCUGUUUCACACUCUUCAUUAAUACUUUCUCUUCUCCCCCCAUCAUUUUCUCCUCUGCUCUGUUCGUCUGUGUGUGUGUCUGUGUCUUACUUCCAAGGAAACCUCUUGGUAACAAUCUUUCCAAUAAUCAGCCACCCCAGCCUUACUCUGCUCCAGGGCCUUAAAAUUAGCUCCUCCACGUUACAUCCCCUCUUCCUCCUCUCAUCGCCUCGCCUCUCACCGAGACACUGACCAGCUGUGGAAACCCCAACAUGGUGCUGUUCCAUUCACUCUCAGAUCAAAAACCACAGUAGCUUUCACAGUACAGUUUGGAAGCCCCCCCCCCCCCCCCCCCCCCCCCCUUCAUGUGGAGAUGGUGCUGCUUUCUUCUUCCCCCUCCACUGAUCAUUCUGUUGUCCCGAUUUCUUUUUGAAAGACCCCCUCUUGCCCUCCUGUCGCCAGGGGCAUGUGUGUUGCCUGAAACCGGGGAUGGGUAGGUGAUUGUGUAAAGAGCUGCAGUCUGCUGGUUUGCAUCUGGUCUGAUUUUGGAGUUGUGGGCUCAUGGCUAGCACCGACCCAUCUCUCUCUUUUUCUCUCUCUCCACUCCUCACACUGAAGACUGUUCUGAGACCACCACAAAAUAAUAUUUAUAUUUUUAUUACACUGUUUUAUGAUAGAUGUCGCUUCCUAAUAGUAGUAAACAUUUUGCACAUGGGUAAGAAAACAUCUAUGGCAGCUGAUCGGUGGAUGGCGUCGGAGUCCAUCGGCCAGCUUCGUGCUUCCUCAUUGGUCGAGAUUCAUCUGGUCAGCUACAGGCCAUCUGAAGAGCAAAAGACUAUUAUUACAGUGAUCACCUAUAGACUGUUUAGCUCUGAGCUUUACUUUCUGCUUCCAGCAAUUUAAAGAACAAUCAUCUUUGGUGCCAACCUCUGAACUCUGGUGUGAUUUUUGAUCUGAAUUGUAGCCUGAUGGUAGUGUGCAGUGGAUGAAUUGGGUAGACAUUUAUAUAUAUAUAUAAUUUUUCCUUCUGUGGUCUUGAUCAAGGCCUCACACAGGAUGCACAAAACCUGCUCCUAAGAGAAGAUGAAGAGUCACUCUGGUCUAGUGUUGUAGCAAGUGUCACUUAGAGCAGAUAACAGGUUUUUUACUAAUGUCAUCUCUUUACACGUGUCUUUUCAUAUGUCCCUUAAAAUGCCCUACGCUCUCUAAGCUCCUGUCUCGAUUGUUGUAUGUUGCGAAUGAUUUCUUUACUCUCAACUUUUCAUAAUACCUCCUCUUCCUCCUCUGAAGGAAGGAGACUUGGGACUUCACCAAAUGUCAACCCAUCAACAUGGUGCACAAAUGUAUGACCAUCCAAUCAGCAUUAAUGUGACUACAAUUUGAGCCAAUUCCUCAUCUUGGUUUUCGGUCUCUCUUCAGGGACUCUCUUGUGUUAAUGGACUGAGUGGUGGAAAAGCCACUGUUAAUAUGAUGAUGUUUUAUAGAUGUAAUAAGCUCAUGUGAUUUGUCUUUUUUUUUCUACGCAUAUUUUGGUUGUGUUUUUUAUUUUGAUUAAAGUAUACAAGAAUCAAUUUUA